GUUUGUUUACUUACACUGUCAUCCUUUGUUGUUAUGAUGGAGAAGUGAUGUUUUAAUGGCGAAUUCAAGUGAUGAAGGCUUAGAUGAGUCCAUUCCAGAAAUGGUAUAUCAGUGUAUAUCUUUCACUGAUAUUCAUAUUUAUAAACGUGAAGAUUCUUAUUUAAAAUGUGACUUAUGCAGCAAAUUAAAGAAACAUUUUUAUUGUGCGGAUUGCAUAAGGAAUGGCAAUUUCACACAUUCGAAAACGACUAGUUUAGAAAGGUUUGCUGACAAGAAACCAAAGAAGUAUAAAGUAGAUGAAGAAAAGAAUAGAAUACUUAAAAGAUGCAGCGAAAUAUUAGCACAGAAAAAAGAAGUAGAGAAUAUGAAAUUUAACAUUGAAAGGUACAAAGAGAAAAUAGAACUUCUUGAUAAAAGUAUAAAGGAUUGUAAACUAGAUAUAUCCAAAGACAAAAAACUAAUAAGUGAUUUAAAGGAGAAGAAAUGCAGAUUAACCAAAAGGCAGAAGCUAUUUGCCGAGAAACUAACUGGAAUGGAAAAUUAUUCUAAAUUGAUGGAAGAUGAUGUAAAGGGUAAAAAAUCUGAAUUACAAGUUGAACAAAGUGCCUUGGAUUCUCUCAUCCAGAAAAGAAGUCAAGAACUUGUGAAAUAUAUUUUUCCUAUUGUUCCAUCUUCUAAUAAUAAGGAUUCAGUUUCCAGUGAGAGGCAAAAAAAGGCUGAAUUGCAAGAAGCACAAACUUUUACUUAUGUUCAGGGAAAUUGGACUUAUGACAAUCCAAGUGAUAAUACAUAUUCCAUUGUUCAGCCCUUCCUUAUCACCGGUGAUUACUCAGCAGAUACUAAUUGGAGUGAGAAAAUGGAAUUAACUGCCUAUGCCAGCAAUAUGCCAAGUGAAGAUCGUUAUUACCCAGCCUAUGUGAUCAGUGCUGCUCUUGCUUAUGAAGCACAACUGGUCAGCACUAUGACAUAUAUAAUGGACUGUCAUGUGCCAAGACGAACUUGUUUCAAUGACUUCUGCAAAUAUGAAAACUUAGAGAAAUUCUCUCAUGCUGUUGCCAAACUUAAUGCCAAUAUUAUUAAUCUGUGCAUAGCCAGACAAGUCGACUUAACUAAAUUGUGUCCAAAUGGAACAAUGUCUAACCUGUUGGCACUUAUUUAUCCUGAAAAGAAUAAGGAUGCGAAAUCAUUCACUUCAGAAGAGCGAGAAGAAAUCAUCAAAUCUCUGGAAGAUCCAAUCUCCCAGAACCUUCUUCCCAUCAAUGAUAGUGAUGAUGACAACAUUGAUGAUAUUGAAGCUGAAUUCGUCCAUGUUUCCGAUGAGGAAGUUCCUGCAUCUCUACCUGUCCCUGUUCCUGAACCUGUGCCUAUGCAUCAAUCUUUUAUAUCUUCUUGGUGGAAAGCAGCUUUAGGACAGAGAUGAAACCUUAUCUGUGAUCUAUUGAUUGAAGAUCUGAGCGAUAUGGUUACAAUUUUCAGUUAGAAGUGUAAAUAUUUUAAGUCAUUUUUGUAAAGACGCUCAUUUUUACUAAAAUUUUAACCGAAUUUUCAUAAUAAAAAGUUAAAAUGUUA